GGAUGUCACAGGACCCAAACUAUCCCUAAAUGUGAGGAACACUUUCUUUCUUCCUUUUUGUUUUUUAAUCAGCCGGAGAGGAAGAGAAUAAAAGAAACAAUUUCAACCGACUUUCUAGAACUUGGAAUUAAUCUUUUUUUUUCUUUUCUGUCCAAAAGGUGUAAAAGUCGAAGAUGCUGCCACACUGCUCCCUUCUGCUCUUCCUCUGCGUGGCCCAGCUGCUCGCCGCCUCCUCCGCCUUGCCCUUUGAGCAGAGGGGCUUCUGGGACUUCGCCAUGGACAGUAUAGACAGCGGCGGGCUGAUGGCGAUGAUGAGGGACGAGGAGGAAGGCUCGGCCAUCGAGGAGAUCCUCCCCCCCGACGUGCCCAUGUGUCCCUUCGGCUGCCACUGCCGGCUGCGCGUCGUCCAGUGUUCUGACCUCGGUUUAACGGAGGUGCCGAAGAACAUUCCUCAGGACACAAAGUUCCUGGACCUGCAGAACAACCGGAUCACUGAACUGAAAGAGCACGACUUCAGAGGCCUUCCUCACUUAUACGGUCUCUCUCUUAGGAACAACCAAAUUUCCAAAGUCCAUCCCAGAACAUUCAUCCCCUUGAAGCAGAUGCAAAAACUCUACUUCUCCAAGAAUCUGCUGACCACCAUCCCGAAGAACCUGCCUGCCUCUCUGGUUGAGAUGAGGAUCCACGAGAACCGCAUCAGGAAUGUGGCGGCCGGAGCCUUCGCCGGACUAAGCAACAUGAACUGCAUAGAAAUGGGAGCAAACCCCAUCCACAACAGUGGCUUUGAGCCGGGAGCUUUUAAGGGACUGAAACUGAAUUAUCUGCGCAUAUCGGAGGCUAAACUUACCGGAGUGCCAAAAGAUCUCCCGGAGAGUCUCCGUGAGCUUCAUCUGGACCAUAAUCAGAUCCAGGCUGUUGAACUGGAGGACCUGAGCCGCUACAAAAACCUCUACAGGCUGGGCCUUGGCUUUAACCACAUCCGUAACAUCGAGAAUGGAAGCUUAUCCUACCUGCCCCAGCUCAGAGAACUGCACCUGGACAACAACCGCCUGACUCAUGUUCCCAGAGGCCUGCCAGACAUGAAAUUCCUACAGGUGGUUUAUCUGCAUUCCAACAACAUCGCCCAUGUGGGCGUGGAUGACUUCUGCCCUCGCGGUUUUGGGAUGAAGAGGACAUUCUAUAACGGCAUCAGCCUGUUUUCCAACCCCGUGAAUUACUGGGAGGUGCAACCGGCAACGUUUCGCUGCGUCAGCGACCGACUCGCCAUUCAGUUCGGCAACUACAAGAAGUAA